AUGGCAGGCGAAGAAGCUGACCGCAGACAGCAACUGGACCGCCUCGCUCGUCCCACAAUACCGCCACAAGGUCUCCAACCCGAGGCCAUGAAAGAUGACUUCAAGCUGUUUGGAUUCUCCGAUGAAAAGGUCAAGGAUAUGAUGAAGGUGAAGGAGCCAGCAACCGACGCUUGCGGUCAAAUUCCAAAUGGCACCGCCUCACAGCGCAAGCACGAGCUUGCUCUCGAAAAGGAGAGCUUCAUCAACCGCGCAACACGCGAGCGACAGCGCCGUGACAAGGAUAAGAACAGCCCCGAAGGCAAGAAGAUGGGUCGCGGAUACGAGCCACUGCCUAUCGAAGGCACCGAGAACUGGGUCUUGCUGGAUGUGAACCGUGGCUUCCCACCAACCCUGCCAGGCGAUCCUCCAGAGAUUUUCGUACGUCUGAGCAGAUACGUUCCGGGCAAUCGCAAGAUCAUCGCAUACAACACCAAGUCUCACUCUGUCGGCCUGCGCAAGGUCCCCAGCAACUUCGAGGGAUGCACUGUCGAAUACCACAAGAACGGUCCGAAGCUCGUCAAAGUGCUUGAUGAGAAGCUCAUCAAGAAGCGCGGCGUCAAACAGAAUGUCGAGCCACAAGAGCCAUCGCCACCAUCGAAGAAACGCCGCGCCCAGCCAGAAGAAGAGCUCGAGAACAAUGAGUUGGCAGAAAACACAUCGCCACCAAAGAAGAAGCGAGGCACCAGAGUGACUACCGAACCACAGGCGCCAGCACCACCAUCCAGGAAACGACGUGCUCAGCCAGAAGAGGAGCUUGACAAUACCGGUGAGGCACAGAAGCCAUCACCGCCCAAGAAGCGACGCACCAGAGCCAAGGCCGAGCCAAAGGAGCCGUCCCCACCCUCAAAGGACCAAAGCACUCGGCCAGAAGAGCUUAUCAGCAACAAAGAGCUAGAGCACCCAGCUCCUCCAAAGCCACGUCGAGGCAAAGCCCGUGCUCUUGGAAACGACUCCAAUGCAGAUAGUCUGUUGCCACCCAAAGAGGGCCUCAAAGACCACGCGAAGACGGUUGAUACGCUGGUUAUCACCGAGGAGGACACUAUCACCGUUCAGAAACCAACGCCACCAAGUCAGAAACCAUCUUUGCCGAGUGAGAAGCCAUCUCCAUCAAGUGAGAAGUCAUCGCCACCGAGUGAGAAGCCGUCCCCACCAGCAAAGCGUCGAGCCAAGGGACGAGGCGCGGGUACAGCUGGUGCCUCCGACAAUGGCCAACAUGAGAAGAAGCCAUCGCCACCACGGCGUUCCAAGCGCAAAUCAGACGAGAUGGACAAGGAGGCAGGUACUCCAAGUCCAGACGGAAAUGUCGCUCCAACGAAGAAGCGUAGAAGUGCACGCCUGACUACGGAGCCUGAGAUCAAGAAGGAGACUGAAGACAAGAAGGAGAUCGAAGAAGCUGUCGACUCUGCCGUCGCCACCCCAGCUGAUGAAGAGAGCAUUUGA